AUGAUCCGUCUCAACGCGAGACCGAUCAUUCAGUCAAGAGGACGCAGCGAGGCAUCUGAAGAACAGAGGCUAAGAUUCGAGGAGAUCGCCAAACAGCAAGAAGAGGAAAGAAUUCGCAGCGAGGAAGCCAGGAGGAGAGCAGAGGAACAGUCAAAGCGCGCCGAGGCAGACAGGAGCGCGGCGGAGGAACAGAGGAGGCAAGCGGAAGCUGACGCCAGGCGAGCAGACGAAGAACGCGCUAGAGCUGAGGCUGAGGCCCAUAGGUCGCAGCAGGAGCAGCAGAAAGCAGAUCUGGCUCGACAGGAGGCGGAGAAGGCCGCCGCAGACGCCAAGACUGCACGCGAAAAGGCGGAGAAGGACUGCGCGAUGGCAUCCGCCCGAUCAUCAUCCCUACUAGGGCUGAGUUUCGCGCGACUAAGUUGCGCCUACAGUACAGGAGGGCCUCUUCCACUUCGCAGUUGCUGGCAUCGCAGGCAGCGGAAGUCGUCUCUCAUGAACGCUUUCCGCGGCCUCCGUAACAAGGAAAGGGCGCGGCACCCGUGGGCAUCGUCGAGAUACGCCGACAUCGCUCGAUACCCCGAUCCAACCCCGGUCGCCCGUUUGUGUGGUACGACUUCCCGGCGCUGGCACACUGUGAUCCCCGAUUGGCAGUACUUCACCGACCAGGGACUCUACAUCUUCGACUGCAUCAUCGUCCUCUUUGACAAUCGCUUCACCGCGACGGAUCAGGCGAUCCUUCGCAACUGCGCCCGCUUCCAGAUCCCUACCUACAUGUCCGUUCCAAGUCCAAGCAGCACAUCCUGAAUCUCGUGGAGGACAUGGACGAGGAGAGGAAGCGUUACCGAAAUGGCGCGCGAGAGGUACAUUCGGGAGACGCGUGCGAGCGUCGCGCAAAAUCUGCAGGCAGCGGGCCUACCCGAGCAGCGAGUGUACAUGGUCGACAAGGAGGUGUUGGUCCAGGUGAUCAAAGACAAACAGCCGAAGCAGUACAUCGACGAAUGGGACUUGCUACGGGAUCUCUUCGGUGAGGCCCGCCGCCGACGCGUGGUCGAGACCUCGGUCCCCAGCGCUGCCACUGAUGGGCCCAGGUCUUGAAACUGUCUCCGCCAAGGCAGCCUCUGUGAUUUCAUCGCUAUACUC